GUUAGCCCGUUGCGUAACAUUUACUCAGAUUGACCUAUCUGAUGCAUUCUUGCAGGUGUAAAUAGAAGAAAAGAGCCUACCCCUGCUUACCAUCAACACGCAUCGUGGCCUUUAUUACUACAACAGGCUCCCUCCAGGCAUUAAAGUGGCCCCUGGUGCUUUUCAGCAAAUAAUGGACAAAAUGCUCGCUGGUGUUAAUGGAGUCUCCGCCUACAUGGACGACGUAAUCGUCGGAGGAAAGACGCAGGAGGAGCACGAUGCCGCCCUUGAAGAAACCCUGAAGCGCAUAAGGGACUAUGGGUUUACCAUCCGGAGAGAAAAGUGUGCGUUCAACAAGCCGGAAAUCCGCUACCUGGGGCAUAUCAUCGACAGCCGUGGCCUGCGACCCGACCCUGCCAAGAUCGACGCCAUCAAGAAGCUACCUCCUCCAAAAGAUGUCACAGGCGUUCGGUCAUUCAUUGGAGCGAUAAACUUUUACGCCAAGUUCAUCCUCAACAUGCGUAACUUGCGUUACCCACUGGAUAAGUUCCUUUUUUUUUUUUAA